UGAAUAAUCAAGGAUGACAACAAAGCAAACACAGCCUAGCUGGAAAGAAAACAAACAAACAAAAACCCAUAUAACAGUUGCAAGUAUAUUGCAACCCCAUUUCAAAGUUUUCAUCAAUGGCAACUUGGAAAAAUUUCCAUGCACAAACCAGUUACAACAUCUACUCAUCAACCAGUUCGGAGAGUGACAACAACAUCAACAACAACCCAGUUGCCUCCGACAGUCACUUCGAGUUUGAUGAAGCUGAUGUUUGGAAUUCCAAUCAUGUCUCACCACUUGAGACAAAGAAAACACUGCCAACUCCUCGGCAACCUAAAAAAGUGACUAGGAAGAGGGACAUAGGGGACAGGACCAUGGUGGCAUCAACAUCAUUGCCUAUGGAGAUACCGGACUGGUCGAAGAUUCUUAAAGAUGACUAUAGAGACCAUAGAAAGAGAGACAGUGAUGAAGAUGUUGUUGUUGAUGAUGAUGAUGAGCAUGAAGAUCAAGAUUACAGGUUUCCUCCUCAUGAGUAUUUAGCAAGGACUCGAGGUGCCUCUUUUUCUGUUCAUGAAGGGAAAGGUAGGACUUUGAAAGGCAUGGACUUGCGCCGUGUGAGGAAUGCAAUUUGGGAGAAAGUUGGGUUUGAAGGUUAGUAGGGGCUAUAGCUAGAGAAGGACUUGGUUCAUGCAAUUAAUAGAGUAAUAAAGGAGAGAUUAGAAUUUUUGGGUAUUUUGUUAGGCCAGAAAUUAAGGUCAAAUCUCACUCUUUUCGAUCUCUUAUGAUCUUUUCCCGGAGGACUAAUUUAAGCUUCUUGUUAUUUUUAUUUUCCUUUUUUUACUUAUUUUCCUGUGAAUUUUGAGUGUCUGAGUUUUAUUAAGAGAAUCACUCAUGCAUGUAACUCUAACUUUGUGAUCGAAGCUAAAUCCCAAUGAUCAUCAUCACGGUUUCAU